CAGAGGGGAAGGAAAAAAAAUACUAGGAAACAGUGAGCGGAAUGAGAUUUCGAGUUGGGGGAAAACCACCGGCGCACAUCUUUUUCCGCUGGAACUGAGAUGUCUCUUCAAAAACACCAAUGGCGAACAAACCUGAUCAUCACCACCGAUCUUCUAGGAGACUGAUGCUUGUAUUGUACUCCACUUGUGUUCUCGGGAUAGGCUUCGCCGCAGCUUUACUUUGUCUGUCUUCUACUAAACUAUCAUUAUCCAGCGUUUCUUCCAUCUGGGUACCUGAAAACCCACCGGAGAUUCAAGCUCCGAGCAUCGAUUCCCGGAUUGUUCAGAAGAGAAGCAAACAGUCGAACAAGACAAAAGAUGACCAUGCUAAUGUCCGUUUAUUAUCGGCGACAUUUGCCGAUUUGCCGGCGCCGGAGUUACAUUGGGAGCAAAUGACGUCAGCUCCAGUUCCUCGACUUGACGGAUACUCCGUGCAAAUCAAAAACCUUUUGUAUGUCUUCUCCGGCUACGGCAGUCUCGACUACGUUCAUUCUCAUGUGGAUGUGUUCAACUUCACAGACAACAAAUGGUGUGACAGCUUCGACACUCCUAAAGAGAUGGCUAAUUCUCACCUCGGGAUCGUGACGGAUGGACGGUAUGUGUAUGUGGUUUCAGGGCAGUUUGGUCCUCAGUGCAGAGGUCCCACUUCUCGUUCCUUUGUCUUAGACUCAACCACCAAGACCUGGCUCGACUUUCCUUCAUUGCCAGCUCCAAGGUAUGCACCUGCGACUCAGAUAUGGAGAGGGAGGCUUCACGUGAUGGGAGGAAGCAAAGAGAAUCGCAACGCCGUUGCUCAUGACCAUUGGAGCAUAGCUGUCAAAGGCGGAAAAGCUCUUGACAAAUGGCGAGAAGAGGUUCCAAUACCUCGAGGUGGACCACACAGGGCUUGUGUAGUUGCUAACGACAAGCUACUUGUGAUAGGCGGUCAAGAAGGUGACUUCAUGGCCAAACCCAACUCACCAAUCUUCAAAUGCUCACGUCGACGAGAGUUCUUCAAUGGUGAGGUGUACAUGAUGGACGAGGGGAUGAAAUGGAAGAUGUUACCACCCAUGCCAAAGAACAAUUCCCACAUUGAAUCAGCUUGGAUCAUUGUCAAUAACUCGAUCGUUAUCGUUGGUGGAACCACUGAUUGGCAUCCAGUGACCAAAAGGCUUGUUCUUGUUGGAGAGAUCUUUCGGUUUCAGUUAGACACUUUGACGUGGUCUGUGAUCGGACGGUUACCGUACCGUGUCAAAACAGCUAUGGCUGGAUACUGGAACGGCUAUUUGUACUUCACGUCCGGGCAACGAGAUAGAGGACCUGACAAUCCACAGCCUGGGAAAGUUAUUGGAGAAAUGUGGAGAACUAAGUUGAAGUUUUGAUGUCAAUUGUUUUGUAAUCUGAAAGAUAAUAUAGAGCUUUGGAGAUUACUGUAUUUUAUAUAUUACUUGCUACAACCAAAAAAUUAUAUAUAUGGAGCUUCUAUCUACA